AGUAUUCUCAGAAUGGAAGUUGCAAUUCUUAUAUUUCUAUCUUUAUUCCUUAUACAAACGAGAGCGACGAAGUUAAAGGAAAAUUGUCCUCCUCCCGAAGACAUACCAGAGUGUUUAUGUCAUGAGGUGAAUAUAAGAAUUUCCUGUACUGAAUUAAUGGAUCCUAUUGUAGUAAAAUCCUUAACGGAAUCAUUAGCGGAAUACCGUGUACAAGCUUUUGAAAUUCAUGAUUCCUUCCUGAUUUAUCUUCCUGUAGAAAUGUUUGUUAAUUUUCAUAUCGAAGAAUUUAUGAUGAAUCGGAGUAAGUUAUUGGGAUUUGAAAGUAAUGAAGGUUCAAAAAUGUUUGCGGGAUUAGAAAACGUAUUGAAGAAAAUUAAAUUUCAAGAAAUACAUGGAAUUUCGUCAUGGAGAUGGAAUGUAUUCAAUGUGUUGAAUACUUUGACGCAUUUCGCAAUAAUAUCAAGUGAUGUGAAUAAAAUUGACGAUAAUUUUCUUAGUUUAAAAUCGCUUCGAUUUCUUGAUUUGAGUUAUAAUAAAAUUAAACAUUUGCAUAAAAAUUCUUUUAGUAAUCUUACAAAUUUGCAACAUUUUUUAAUGAAUAAUAAUGAGAUCCAAAAGAUUCACCGUGAUAUUUUUCCAAGACCCGCUGCUGAAUUACGACUUAUUAAUUUGAGCUGUAAUAAAAUAGAAGUAAUCCCCGAUGACUUUUUUCAAGAUAUGGCUAAAUUAACAACAGUAUAUAUGAAAGGAAACAAAAUAAAAUUUCUUUCUCCCAAGCUAUUCCAGUUUUUGGAAAAUAAACCAUUGUCGACUAUGCAUCUCCAAGGAAAUAACAUAUAUUGCUGUUCAGGAUUGAAUGACAUUAUAAUUGCCAGCUAUAAAUCCAGACUUUACGCCGACUGUAAUUCCCCUCAAAUGUUGAAAGGAAAACCGCUGUCGUCACUGAAACCCAGUGAUCUUUACAAAGCAAGAUGUUAGCAUUUAUUAAAAAAAACUUUUAAUAUGCGAAGUUGAUAUAAAAUUACGUAAAUAUGCUGAGAAUAUAUAUCACAUUUUACUCUUAACAUAUUAUGUCCUGUAUUUUUAAAAAUCAAA